AAACGUGGAGCAACGGCAACGGCAGGACGUGGUCCAUCAUUCCUGGACGAUAGAUUUGCAAAAAAAACAAAACAAAACAAAACAAAAAAAAAACAACUUAACUGAACAUGACGACCUCUGUCCUUCCCGUCUUAGACAGCAGCGACCCUCGUCUGAAACUGAAGGUGCAAAACAGAAUUAGAAAUAUUUUUGUAACUCAGCUGGACGACACCAGACACAGAAAGGAAGAAAAUAUCAACCUCAUACCUGUUGUAACAGAGACUUCAAGCAGGAUGCUGGAGGCAGGAGUGAACACUUUGCAAAAGACCCUGGUCCUGAAGAAACAGGCCGAGUUGGAGGAGGUGGACAAGCAACUCGCACUCAAACGGCAAGAGUUUAAGAGCUGCAUGGAGGCUCUAGCCCAGAGGAGGUCUGAGCUGGAAAUAAAGCAAAAGCAGACUAAAGAGAGGGCGAUGAAAUUUGAGAAGUUUGUGGCUGAAAAUGAAGUGAAGCGACGGCAGGUGCUGCAGAAGUAUGAGGCUGCACGGGAGCAGAACAUUUUGAAGCAGAGAGAGAUAGAAGAUCUGACAGAGCAGCUGAGACGACUGACAGCCAGGCAGCAAGUUUUGAAGGAGAGAAUGGCAAAAUAUAAAAUCUAUGAGGACUACUUGAUGAAAACGCUGGAUUAUCUCCCCAGCACUUACCUUGACAAUGGGUCUGACUCUUUGGUUAUGCCCAUCAUUCGGCGCCAUGAGACCCUGUCCAUCACCCACCAGGACCUGCUGCAGCGUUUGGGGCGCCUGAAGGAGGAGGUGGAGCAGGGUCAGCGACAACUGCGGGCCAUGAGGCAGGAGCACAGCAUAAAAAAACUGAUGGCCAAUAAGGAACUGUGUGAACUCCAGAGUGAGUUAGAAACCCUGAAAGAGAAAAACAAGCAGGCAGAGGUUAACCUGCUGAUGGAGCAAGACCUGUCCAGGGAGAAGGUUCAACAAGUGAGAACCUUGCUUAUGGCCAUCAACAACCUUGCAGAGCAGUGUUAUCUCGCAGCAUAUGGACCUCUGGGAAACAUGAACAUUCUGACAAUGAUGGACAUGGUGAAGGAGUACAUCCUGGAUAAGGCAGACACAGAGAAGAGAGCGAGGAGGCUGAUGGAGUCGGGGUCUGCAAUGACGAGUAGAACAGCUCUGACGGACAGAAGAGAGAGGGGAUCGAUGAAGAGCCUUGGCAGCAAAACACAAAUCAAAAGUUCAAGUAAAGUCAGCAGAAAGAGCGAGACGACGAGUAAUGUAGGACCUGUCGUUGUGUUUUCAUACCUACAGAAAUGUUAG